AUGUCCACCACUAAUUCUAUCCCGUCUCAUACAAGUUCAUAUUCUUCGAGUGCUUCUCGUGGGGAUCAGACCACUCGCAUAUUACAUUCUUCAUUCCAUACUGGAGAAUCCCAACAUCAGCCUACUCCUUCACUUAUGGCGGCACCCGAAUCAGGUCAAUCGAGCGCUAUUAACUCACCAGUAUCAUCGGAUAUCUCACUGACAUAUCUCCGUCGCUCGGUAGAAGACUCCAUCCAUGACGAUCAUGAUAGAUAUCUUCCAACGGCAACGGCAACGACGCGCGAUAGGCUAGUCGGGAAGGUAGAAAAAGUUUUAUCGAAGGUCGUUCGUGACCCAGAGUUGCACGAACGAGCAAUGCUCCGUGAGGUUGGUGGAAAGGAACUCGCAGAUGGAAUGGCUAUGGUUAAUUCAAAAGAUUUAUAA